AAAAGAUUCUUUUUUCUUUUAAAAAAGAGCAAUAAAAGGGGAAUGAAAACGAUUGAAAAAUCUUUUGUUUCAUUUAAAUCGUGGCAAAGACACGGCGUUUGAUAUUAUUAUUAUUAUUAACACAUUACUGCUAGUGAGAACAAUCUGAAUUAGCAUUCAUUCUAUUCACUGACCAAUUAAUUUGAACUGAAUCCGUAUACAUACCUUUGAAUACACAGAACGUGGUACAACACUCUUAGUGUGUAUUAAGUUUUGUAAUAUCUGAAGAAAAAGGUAGCAUCAACGAAAAAUAUAAAAGAUCAAGAUAACCUGUACAUACCUAUACGCAUAUAUUAAAUUAUCAAGUACAUACAGUUAGAAAAUUGUCUAUCUGACAUAUAUAUUGAUACAUAUUUGUACAUUCCUCUGUAAAAAAAAGUAUUUUUUUGAUGAACAAGACAUAAAAAGUUCCAACAAUACAUAUAUCCUCAUUUAUUAAAAUAUUUAUGUUCCAAAUAUCGAAAUUACUUCAACAGUCGACGCUGAAUAUCCAUGAUGACUGCAUUAACUGUAAAGUUUGAAGCUGACUUCUCAGAUCAAGAAAAGAAGAUAGGAAGAAUAAACUUUAAAUCUGAUAUACAACAAUACAUUGAAUUAGAUGAUACAAUGAAUUCUGUUAUGACUGCAACUAAUAAUAUCACCUCAGUGCAUCCAUCUUCAUUACCUUCAACACUGUCAACAAUAUCAUCAACAAGUGAAUUCUCAAGAUUAAUACCAACAUCAACAUCAUCUUUGACAUGUAAUUCUUCCACAUUAUCACAAUGUGUUGGUUGUGGUUUAAUUAUCUAUGAUCCAUUUAUAUUAAAUGUUCAACCUAAUUUAAAAUGGCAUAUACGUUGUUUAAAUUGUUCAAAGUGUUUACGUUCAUUAAUGAAUGAUUCAACAUGUUUUGUACGUGAUUGUAAAGCAUACUGUAGAGAAGAUUAUUUUAGUACAUUCCUUUAUCGUUGUUCUGGCUGCCAUCGAUUAAUUGAUAAAAUGGAUUUAGUAUUUCGUAUACGUUCGCAUACAUUUCACCUGGAUUGUUUUCGUUGUGUCAUCUGUGAAAAAUUAUUACAACCAGGUGAAGAGAUUGCUUUCAAAAAUGAACAAGUUUAUUGUCUAUUACAUUCUCAUCUAACACAAAAAUUUCCCAAGAUCGAUAAUCAUAAUCAUCAUAAUAAUGACAGUAAUAAUAACAAUAAUGAUGAGAGUAGUAAUGACAAUGACAUUAUUACUGGUAAUAGUAACAGUGAUAUCCAAGUGUUACAGUUGAUGUCAAGCAAUCCAUUUAUGGUCAAUAUGACCGAUAAUAACGAUAAUAAUAGCAAUAAUAAUAAUAAUAAUAAUAAUAAUAAUAAUAAUAAUAAUAAUAAUAAUAAUAAUAAUAAUAAUGGUAAUGCUCAGGUCAAUGAGGGCAGUGAUUUUUGUAUUACAGACCGAUCAUUACGAGGACAAAUAGGAAUGAAUACUAUCCUUAAUGCACAGAUUACUGCUUCUAAUAACAAUACUACUGAUAACAGUAGUAUAAAUGUUACACAGACAAAACUUUCUAAUCAUUAUAAUGACAACUUUAUAAAUGAUGAUAUAAAAAGUUUAAAGUCAGAUAUUAAAGGUCUUCUUCCAAAUCUACUAUUGAAUCAAACUGAUGAUGUCAAUCUGGUGACAAUGAAAUCUGCUUACUGUGGUAAUAAUCCUCUUAACAAUAAUAUGAAGUUAACUCAUGAUAUGGAAGAUGGUGUCACAUAUGAGAAUUUAUGUAAUCGUGUAACUCUCUUAUCUUCAUCAAUGUCAGUAUCAACAAUGUCAACAAUACAGAACAGUUUUAGUGAUAUGAAUAGUAUUAUUAAUAGUAAUACUUAUGGUAACAAACCUUUAAAUCAUCGAAACUCAAUAGUCAAUUCGAAUAAUAUAAUGAAUGGAAUGAAUGAAAAUUUUUGUCCUAAUUCACCAGAUAGUUCAUUUGGUGCAGUUAUCCAAGAUAUGGAUAGUCCAGUGUCUGGCAGUAGUGAUGAAUUAAGCCGUGAAGAUGAAGAUUUUAGUCUUCUUGGUAUGAGUGAAUCGAAUACAACAGGACUAUCAGAAAGUGGUACAGCAUUAAAUGGUUCUAAUUCAAUGCCUGUUGGCAGUGGUGGAUUAAAUCAUCAUCACCAUCAUCAUUCUCAUAUAUAUGGAAAUUUAAAUCAAAGCCUUAUGAUUGGAAUCGGUGGAAGUGGAAGCCUUACUGGUAGUUCAAGCAGUGGUACAAGUGUUACAGGCGGCAUAGGCGAUGAAGUAGUUCAUAGUGUGGUUAUAUCCCGUGGAAUCGGUGGAUUAAGUAAUGGUAAUGGUAUUGGAGGUGGAGGUGGAGGAUCUAGACCAUCAUCAGGGAAAUCAGGAGGAAGUAAACGGUCAAAGGAUCAAAAGACAACCAGAGUUCGAACUGUAUUGAAUGAAAAACAGUUGCAUACAUUAAGAACAUGCUAUGCUGCAAAUCCAAGACCAGAUGCAUUAAUGAAAGAACAGUUAGUUGAAAUGACAAGUUUAAGUCCACGUGUUAUUCGUGUUUGGUUUCAAAAUAAACGAUGUAAAGAUAAGAAAAGACAAUUAUUAUUGAAACAAAUGGAACAACAUCAACAGAAUGGUGGACGUCCUGGUAGUCUUCAUGGUAUAUCAAUGACUGCACAAAGUCCUGUUCGUAAUGAUGUCAACUUAAUGUGUACCAACUCUGGAAUUGAUGUACAACACAUUCCUGGACCAUAUUGGAGUACACACAGUGUACAAAAUGAAUUAAUUCAGCGAUCAAAUAAUACAUUAUAUCGACCUCAUAGUCCAUCUAAUUUACUAAUAAAUCAAUCAAACAAAUUGUUUAGACAAUCAGUUGAAAAUAUUUCAUCCUCUUCAUCACCACCAAAUUCAUUAACUAAUUAUCAUACAAAUCCAUUGAAUGAUACAAUUACAAAUUAUUCUACUGGAUGUUUAUUAAAUUCAACAUUGUCUAAUGUAAUUCCACCACCACUACCACCUCCACUGCAGCUAACAGCAGUUUCCUCGUUAACUGGAAUCUCAUCCUCUUCUACUUGUCCUAUUGCUUCUGGUAUAUCCUCAUCAAUACAAACUUUUAAUUAUGGUCAAUUGAAUAAUUUUUGUAAUUCAUCAUCAAGUUUAAUAACAUCGAAUGAUACCUCAUCAGCAAAUUUAUCACGAUUUAGUGGUUUAAUCAUACCUUCAAAUACUAACCCCAGUAAUACUACUACUAAUAAUAAUAAUAGUAAUAACAGUAGUACAAGUACGAAUCAAUCAAAUUUUUUGAAUGAACGUUCUGCACCACCAUUUCAACAAUUGAUGUCUACAUAUAAUACAGUUGAUAGGCUAGUCAGUUUAUCUGAUAUGAAAAGUAUACAUCUUCCUUUAUUGCGCUAUACACAUCGUGAUUAUGGAAAAGGUUCAUCAAUUACGCACGCAGAGCAAAUGUACCUCUCAAAUGUUCCCAGCGAUUUAUCUUCUAAUACCCCAAUAAAUUCAGUAAUAUUGUCUAAUAACCUUUUAUUAAAUAAACAUGAGAAUUUAUCCUGA